UUAAAUAUGCUGCUUUGGCUGUAAAGCUCCUGAUUAUAGCAGGGAUUCUGGUUGGGACUGGGCUCCUUGCUGCAUGGAAAAAACGAAGACUUUGUGCCAUGGUCGGAGUUGACGUGUCGCACAUUGACUCACCUGCUGAAGAGUUGGAUCUGAAGCAGCUCACAUCUCCUCCGUCGUCAGUGGAGGACUAUGAAAACGAUGAAGAUGAAGAGAACUUCAUGGUCCAUCUUGACGAAGACCCUCCCUGGGCUCCACAGAAUUAUUUAGACAAAGUGGUGGCCAUUUACAGCUACAGUGGUAGCAAAGAGUAUGAGCUCUCCUUCCAGCAGGGGGCGAUCAUCUACGUCAUCAAAAUGAGCGACGACGGCUGGUUUGACGGCGUGAUGAACGGGAGCGCCGGCCUCUUUCCUGGCAACCACGUGGAGUCCAUCAUUCACUAGGCAACUGAGCCUAAACAAUAACGCAUCUCAGUCGACUUUAAUAUCAUAAA